GAGUACAAGGUGGUCGGGCGAUGCCUGCCCACCCCGAAGUGCACGACCCCCCCCCUCUACCGUAUGCGGAUCUUCGCUCCGAACCAUGUCGUCGCCAAGUCUCGGUUUUGGUACUUCGUUUCUCAGCUGAAGAAGAUGAAGAAAUCUUCUGGAGAGAUUGUGUACUGUGGCCAGGUGUAUGAGAAAUCCCCUCUGCGGGUAAAAAAUUUUGGCAUUUGGUUGCGCUAUGAUUCUCGUAGCGGAACUCACAACAUGUACAGGGAGUACAGGGAUUUGACCACGGCUGGUGCUGUCACUCAGUGCUACCGCGAUAUGGGAGCCCGUCACCGUGCCCGUGCUCACUCGAUUCAGAUCAUGAAGGUGGAGGAGAUUGCUGCCAGCAAGUGCCGUAGACCAGCAGUCAAGCAAUUCCAUGAUUCUAAAAUCAAGUUCCCUCUGCCACACAGAGUUCUGCGUCGCCAGCACAAACCACGCUUCACCACCAAGAGACCAAAUACUUUCUUCUAAAUACGAAAACGUGCUGCCAGCGCUGUGUUGUAAUAAAGGUCGUACUUGAAGCUUU